AUAGGGAGAAGCAGCCGCGCGAUUCCUGGGAGCGAGCGAGCGCCGGUUUCAGCGAAGCCAGGAGCCACCGGCCGAACACGGGAGGGGGAGCGACGAGGCUCAAAACACACAGAUAAAUGUAGAGAGAGAGAGAGGAGGAAGAGGCGUUUGACGGGGAAAUAAAAAGAAGAAAUAUUACGGCUAUCCCGAGAAAUUAGGAGCGUUUUUUUGUUUUUUUUUAACCUGCCGGGAGACGUCGCCGCUGUGGCCGCGGAGGACGUCGGUUCGCCGCGGAGCCAAACAACCGGCGGCGGUUGGUUCGGCCGGUGUGACGUCAGAGCCGCCGGUGCUGUGAGGAGUUCUCAGAAUAGACUUCUAGGAAACGAAUAUAACCGACCGGAUUGUCGCCCAGAGGAUUCAAGAAAUAGCAUGAUUCUUUGUGUACCAGGUCCUAGAGCUCCUCUGCCCGCUCCUCCGUCCACCGAACCCCCACGGGGCAUGCGGGCAGGAACAGUACCUCCUACCCCUUGCCUCCAGAGCACCCCUCCGUUAUGGGACCCCACAAAGGACCUGCGGGCGAUUGCCAGCAACUUCUGCUAUCUAGAAAAUUCAGGAUGGUACUGGGGAGCUGUGACUGCGGCUCAAGCCCACGCUGCACUUCAAGAGGUAUCUGAAGGAGCUUUUUUGGUACGAGACAGCAGCCACCCUCUGUACAUGCUGACCCUCUCGGUCAGGACUGCACGCGGCCCCACCAGUAUACGGAUCCAGUACAGCGGCGCCCAGUUUUUGCUGGACUCCAGCUCUCCAGCCCGGCCCAGCCUGUCGUCUUUCCCCAACGUGCCCAGCCUGGUGCAGCACUACAUGGGACCAGAGAGGAAAGCGGAGGAAGGGGGGAAGGUGGAGAGGGAGGCUCCUGCAAAACAGCAGACAAUUCAGGACACAUCUGUUGUAUUAAAACUGAAGCGGGCUGUGUACAAGCCCCAGGGCCUCCCCUCCUUACAGCACCUCACACGCCUCGUCAUUAACAGACACUCUGACUGCCCUGACCAGCUACCACUCCCGAGGCCUCUGCUGCGUUACAUACGGGACUACCCCUUCAAGGUCUGAGGGAGAGGAGAGAGGAGAGAGGAGGAGGAGGAGGAGGAAGGGUGUCCUUAAAAUCCAUCAUUCUGGCUGAAUCUCAGCUGACUUAAAGGAAAAACAAACAAACUGUCAAACAGGUCCUUUGUGCCUGUGAAUGACAUCGCUGCUCCAGCAGUUGGAGGCCAGUCACAGAAAAAUACUGGACACAGGGUAAUUUUUUUUGCUGAUGAAAUAUGUACAGUUCAUACUGACGUGCCUGGUUUCAGACUCAGUGGGUGGUGAAGUACCCCGAGAGGAAGGUGCCUCGUGAGCAAACUUCAGUACUGUAAUCUACACUUAUUUUAUGAUGAAUGUGGAAAUUGCCCACAGCCAUUUUAACCCUCAUCAGUUCUGGAUGUACAUACAGUUCCUAAGAAGUACACCGAUUCCAUUGAGACAUCUUUCACGCCAUUGUAUUUUUCUCAGUAAGACGUUUUUUUCUACCUUUUACAUGUGUACAUUUUUUUUAUUAAAAUGAGCAAUUGGGAGUCUAA